AGAUCCUUGAGCUACAUGUACUUUGAUUUUUUUAUUGCCUUUGAAGUGAACAACUAACUAUUACUUCGUAGUUUUGCUAACUUCGUAGCUUUGACUUUGCUUUUGGAUUGAUUCCUUGGAGGAAGUCAUCAUGGCGGCCAUAGCAAAACCGAAAUCUGAAAUGACUCAGGAGGAAUUGGAGGCCAGGGAGCAGGAGGAAUUUAACACUGGACCCCUGUCAGUACUAACAGAGGCUGUGAAAAAUAACACUCAAGUGCUGAUCAACUGCAGGAAUAAUCGAAAGCUGUUGGCCCGCGUCAAGGCGUUUGAUCGCCAUUGUAACAUGGUGCUGGAGAAUGUGAAAGAAAUGUGGACUGAGACUCCUCGUACUGGCAAAGGCAAGAAGAAGGCCAAGCCAGUGAACAAGGAUAGAUACAUCUCUAAGCUCUUCCUUCGUGGAGACUCUGUGAUCCUCGUGCUCCGAAACCCCAAGGCAAUUGCUGCCAGAUAACUACCUCAUCGUUGUGAAAUAGUGUGAGUUCUGAAAGUUUGACAUGUCAAUAGCUGUGAAUACUACUGUUCCAUAAUUAGGUCAACCCUUAUACUGCCCCAGCUUUCACUUGUUCUGUUGGUGAAUGCCGCAUAGUCCAUGCAAUGCUGCCGCCUGCGCUCAGUACGGGGCUCGAUGUGUUUAGAUACGAAGUCCGGUUUCAUCCACCUUUGCUGUAAUCUUGCGUGCGCGUGUUGAUCUGCUGAAUAUGCUUACCGCGUGUGGAUAACACAAAAUACAAUGUUUGACCAUUGAGCACUGCAAUGGUAUGCACAUGCGAUUGUUAGUGAGAAGGCAUGUGCGGCGGUGACCUCCUUUGUUGUCUGCUGGCCUUGGAAAAGCUAAGCUCAUUGGAAUUGAAAUGGAAACGCUGCGCUUCUUUUGACUCACGAGUCGGAUUUCUUUGACCACAGCUAGCUGUCAGUUUGACCAACCCUUUUAAAAUUGAAAAUACCACUGGACAACAAACGGUUCGACUUCACAACAUGCCUGUUUUCCUAGGCUAUGCAGGCACUGAAGCGUAUAGACAACCGUGUUGUGCUGAUUCAA